ACCCGUCAUUGCUCCCAACGAUCCUUAUCAAUCCUUUGAAACUUGAGCUUCUAAAUAUCCCCCCUUCUCUUUAUAACCUUUUCCCCUCUCCCCACCCACUUUACUCUCACUCUCUCAACCCUCUUUCCCUUUCAACCAUGGAUCCAUCUUCCACAACCUCAGUCAAUGGCUUCUACACCUUCCUCACUCGUGGCAUAGAUGAUCUUGAACGUGUUUAUCUCUCUAAUAACUUCAUGUCUAUCCAAUUCCUUCAAAGGGUUCUUUCCCUCCUUCGAUCUUUCCACUCCCAACUCCUCCUCCUUGUCCAAAAACUCCAUCUUCCCGUCGGUGAUAAGUGGCUUGAUGAAUACAUGGAUGAAAGCUCCAAGCUUUGGGAAGCUUGUCAUGUCCUUAAAACAGGCCUUUCUAGCAUGGAAAAUUAUUACUCUGCAGGGUUUAACAUCACUUCUUCUCUCGAUAAUCAUCGCCAUCUUAACCCCCAGGUUUCUAGACAGAUAAUCCGAGCAAUUUCAGGGUGUCGAAGAGAAGCGUUGGGGCUUGAAGAAGAAAACAAAGCGUUGAUGCAAACCAGAAUCCAACCACUCUCAUUAAGGUUCGACGAGAGGGUUUCAAUCGAAUCAAAGCUGAACGGAUUCAAUGGCUUCCGAGGAGUAUUAUACGCAAUGAGGAACGUCAGUUCGUUGUUGCUGAUGAUCUUGUUGUACGGCCUGGUAUAUUGUUGGCCGGAAUCGAGUUUCCUACGAGGAGGGUACGAAGGGUGUUUGUUUUUCGGGUCAACAUUCAUGAUAUCAACGGCGAGGUUGCAGCAAAGAGUAGCCGAACAGAUAAACCAAAUGAAUGGGAGAGGAGGGAUAUUGAUGUACGAAUACAGGAGGGCAAAAAUGGCGAUGGAAGAAGUGAAGGAAGAAAUGGAGAGAAAAGGAGGGGAAAAUAGGGAAGAAGGGAUGAGGGAAAGAGUAGAGAAGAUGAAAGGGUGUUUUGGGGUGUUAAGAUGUGGAACAGAGAGUAUAAUAGCCCAAAUUGAUGAUUUCUUUGAUGAGAUUGUUGAAGGGAGGAAGAAACUUUUGGAUUUUUGCAGUCAUAGGUAGAAUUUAAAAAAAAAAAAAAAAAACACAACACCAGUACUAGGAAAUUUGAUAAUGUUAAGGUAGUAGAUGAAGGAAUCACUUGUUUUGGGGGGUUGUCUCGAGUACCCUUUUUUUUCUUUCUUUCCUUUUUUUAAUUAAAAAAAUGUUUUCUUUUUA